AUGAUAAGCACCUUUGGCCCAGGUUCACCCUCUUAUAAAAAGUCAGAAACUGCUAUGCAGAUAGUAUGUGGUAAGAGAGCAGAGUGCAUUGAGGUGCGUCGAGAUCGCAUUCUGAAAGAGAUUGAAAACCCCAACUUACGUCUUACACUGCAGAACAUUCCCCCUAGUCAAGAAUAUCUGUUUAGCCGAGAGGCCUUGCAACCGGUUAUAGCUUCUCUGGGAGGAUCUCAAAUGUGGCUAAAUACUCCGUCUUAUGUUAGAGAGAAGAAAUCAUAUAAUAUAGCACAAUCUCAGUACAGGAAACCUCACAAAACUCACAGUAGAGACUAUAAAACUCAUACCAAGAGUUAUAAGUUACAAAAUAAGGAUUAUAAGUCACAGAAUAAACAAAACUUUAAAUAUAAAAGUAGUCAGCCCUUUCGUAAAGGCUAUUCAAAUACCAACCAAGCCAAUAAAAAACCGAGUUGA